AAAUGACAGAUCUAUGACGAAAACUAAAAUUGCAAAAGGGAUCUUGACACAAACCUCACAAAACCGUUUGUUCCUUCUAUUCCGAUAAGGCUAAUUACCUAAGUACAAUAGCUUUAUUGGUAUACAAAGAAGCAAUUGACAGCAUUGACAAGAUAAUAAUAUGAAUAGUGGUGAUUAUUUAGUUUUUGCAUCUCAAAUAGUGCAGCUAUCGAACCAAUUGUAUCAAAUUAAGUACAAUAAGGCUAAAAAAUCAAUCUAUGGGAUAUCUUACGAUUAUUAUGUAUUAAAUACCAUAAACAAACUUUUGGCAUUGAUAGUUAGUUUGAACUACACUUACAAUUCCACCAUCAUAAUGCAAUAUAAAGCACGGUACCCUGUCCAUUCCUUGGCCGUCAUAUCACCUAUAAUCAUUAUUAUCGACUGUGGCUUACUCCUUACUAAUGGGUUGAUAUUAUCUCAAUUGUUUAUCAUAUAUGCUCGAACAAAGAAUGUAAAUCAGAAUGUAAGCGGGUUUAAUAUGUUAUUCUUAUCGUUUUUAUUAGGUGGAUUCCUCAUAGUGUCAAAAUACUAUUGGUUUGCUGAAUUAACGUUUAAUUAUCUUGAUUUAAUAAACUAUUUAUGGCUAGUUAGUUGGUUAAUAGCGAUUGUGGAGUUGUGUCCUCAACUAGUGAUGAAUUGGUUUGAUGAUUGUUGUGUUGGAUUACAUCCUCAAUGGUUAAGCUUUGAAAUAAUAUCUCUUAUAUUGAAUCUCACGGGUUGGCUGAUGAUUAAUCUCCAUUUUAAUGUACCAUGGUAUCAACUUCCUAUAAAUUAUCAUGGGUGGUGCUACCUUGUCAUGAGAUCCAUACUUUUGAUUAUUUUCUCAUUACAGCAAUUCAAAUGUUAUAAAGGAAAAAGACCAACUUUAGAAUUAUAUUAUUAUAGAGGAGUAUCGUCUAUAGAAGGUGUAGAAGAAGAAGACGAGAUAGAGCAGAUGAUGGUUGAAGAUCAUCAUGUGCAAGUUUGAAUUUGAUAUUUUUCUUUUAUUGUCUAUAUAUGUAUGUAAAAUAUGUAUUAUUAAUAGCGAACUCUAAACUU